AUGAAUUCGUCCAUGACACUCCUAAAACGUGGCCUCAAAACCAUGCCUUUUAUUAUUGCAAAUGAGGCAUUGGAGAAAGUUGCAAGUGUGGGAUUAAUUUCAAAUAUGAUUUUGUACUUGAAAAAUGAGUAUCACUUAACUAAUGCUAGUGGUGCAACUAUUCUUUUUUGGUGGAAUGCUAUGUCAAAUUUCACACCAAUAUUUGGAGCUUUUCUUGCUGAUUCUUACUUGGGAAGAUUUUAUGUCAUUGCUUUAGGGACAUUCAUCACCCUAAUUGGAAUGGUGGUCCUUUGGUUAACAGCUACACUUAAAGAAGCAAGGCCACAUGCUUGCAAAUUAGAAUUAGGAAAUUGUCUAAAACCAACCAUUGCUCAAUAUGCAUUUCUAUUUUCAUCAUUUGCAUUGAUGUCUAUUGGAGCUGGUGGAAUCAGGCCAUGUUCAUUAGCAUUUGGUGCUGAUCAAUUUGACAAUCCUAAAAACCCCAACAAUGGAAGGAUCUUGCAAAGUUUCUUCAAUUGGUAUUAUGCAGCAGUAGGAAUAUCAGUGUUAAUUUCAGUCACAGUCAUUGUGUAUAUUCAGACACAAUUUGGUUGGGUUGUGGGAUUUGGAGUACCUGCAGGACUAAUGUUUUUGGCAACAAUUUUUUUCCUUCUAGGUUCAACAAUUUUUAUUAAAAUAAAAGCAAAAAAAAGUUUGUUUACUAAUUUUGUUCAAGUUAUUGCUGUGGCAUGGAAAAAUAAACAUCUUGCUUUGCCUCCUAUGGAUUCUAAUGGAUGGUAUCAUCAUGAUGAGAAGGGUUCAAGAUCUAUUUUUCCAUCCAAUAAACUAAGGUUCCUAGAUAAGGCAUGCAUAAUUAGAAAUCCAGAGAAAGAUUUGAACCCUAAUAAUGGAAUAUCUACAAAUCAAUGGAAUCUUUGUACAAUUCAACAAGUUGAAGAAUUCAAAUCAUUGCUCAAAGUACUUCCAAUUUGGUCCACAAGCAUUAUGAUAGCAGUAACAAUAAGUCAACACGCAUUUCCAGUACUACAAGCAAAUACAAUGGAUAGACAUUUAUCAAAAGGUAGUAAUUUCCAAAUUCCAGCAAGUUCCUAUGGUGCAUAUGGGGUUCUCACAUUGACAACAUGGCUAGCCUUCUAUGAUCGAGUCCUCGUGCCCUGGAUCUCCAGGUUCACAAGGAAACCACGAGGUCUCAGCUUCAAACAACGUAUGGGGAUAGGGUUGUUACUUUCCUGUGUGGCCCAGGUUGUGGCCGCACUGGUGGAAAGAGAGAGACGUUCGCGAGCCCUAGACCAGGGGCUUGCGGACCAUCCACUGUCACAAGUGGACAUGUCAGCAAUGUGGCUAGUCCCGCAACAUUGUUUGACAGGACUAGCUGAGGCGUUCAACGCGAUUGGACAAAUAGAAUUUUAUUAUUCACAAUUUCCUAAGAGUAUGGCUAGUAUUGGAGUGGCAUUGUUUUCAUUAGGAAUGGGAUUUGGGAAUUUGGUUGGAAGUUUAAUUGUGGAAAUUGUUGAUCAUGCUUCAAGUAGAGGAGGGAAAGUGAGUUGGGUGUCAAAUAAUUUGAAUUUAGGUCAUUAUGAUUAUUAUUAUUGGGUACUUUGUUUGUUGAGUGUUGGGAAUUUUUUCUAUUUUAUUGUGUGUGCUUGGGCUUAUGGAUCUGAUGAAGAUAAAAGAAUUUGGGAGGAAGAUCAAGUUGAAAAGAAAGGAGAGAUUGUUAUUUUAUAG